AUGCCCGACCUGCUCGAUCUUCCGAUCGAGCUUUUGACCAUUAUUUUCGACUAUUUACGGUCAUUUCACCCAAAGCACACAUGCAAUGCGAUGCGGACUUGCCGAAUGCUGCACAGUCUGCCUGUUCCUGAUCGGCGUCUUGAGCUCGGACGUGCUCCUCGUGAUUACAUAUUGGAAAUGGACACUCUGGCCGAGCGUUUGACCAACCACAAAGAAGAGGGCCACCGCAUCACCGCACUGCGGUUUGAUAUCCACGACGACGAUCCCGAAAUAUUAGGCUCCAUUCUCGCGUUGACUCCUAAGCUUUCUUCUCUGGAGCUGGUCCAUCAUUUAAAGCGCACGCGCGAGUGGUCCAUACCCACAACGCAUAUCAUAGCAGACGUGCUUGAAAGCGGCAAAGCUCUGAGGGGGCUAACUACUUUCACACAUUGCGCUGUUCCUCCUACCUCAGAUCUGGUCGAGGACAUGCACCUUCUGUUGGAGCUGCCUGCACUGAAAAACAUCGACUUACACUUUGCAAACACGACGCGGUCGAAUUUUUCACAUGACGGUUUCCCCACGGUUAAGCUCCCUGCUACCUCAAGCGUCGUGAGUAUCACGUUGAGGAAUACGUGGUGGAGUCCUGAAACCCUCAGUAUCAUGAUCGGGUGCUGUGAGAUGCUCCAGCACGUUGGAUGGGACCCCACAAGGACUUGGGCGAUAGAGGAGUAUCGUACGCUUUUCGGGGCGCUUGAAAAUCACGCAAAAUCCAUAGAGACUCUCUCUUUUUCCGGGAAGUCACACGAAGAUGGGUUACAUGGUUUUCCACAUAUCAAUCAGUUCGCCAAGCUUGGGAAAAUAAGCGUCAAUCACCAUUUCAUUGAUCGCCUGUUUGACGACGUCCCACGAGACCUUGAGGUUCUAUACAAGCCCAAGUGCCUACACAUUGAUUUUCUCGAAGCAUUCGAACCGAACCCCAGGGAACAAGUGUUUGAGGAGAUCCACAGACUGCUCUCAAAGAUCGAUGGAAUGGGCAACUCCACGGGGAAAUACGUGCAAACAGUCGUCGUGUCCUUUUGCGCCGCCUUGUACAAGCUAGCGAAGAGGAACAUCUGGGACGAUGCCAUAACUGCUACCACAACAAGGGGACAGGACAUGGGUGUUGACUUGAAUUGGUUGUCGGAGGAGAAACCGAUGGUGCGCAACGGCAAGUUCAUUGUGUGGGAAAGGGGGUCUCGUGGUCUAGACCCGGCAAUCGUCCCACGACAAAGAUUUGAGUGCCCGGGAAUCAAAGGGGCGUGGACGUGUACACAUGUGAGGGAGACAGUAUUUUGGGUCCCUGAGGAUAGUGAGGCGACCGAUAGCGUGACUGAAGUGUAA